AUGAUCAUCCGCAAGGGUGGAGAGCGAGCGUACAAGCAGCAGCAGGUGGAGACGGGGGAUACUGAGACAGUGUCCUCGGUAAGUCUUAAUGGUUGCGGUUUCGGUGCACCCAGUCUUUGUGGAUUUAUAGCUGAUGUUAUUUACUAGCUCAUUUGCAGACGUGGUAAAAGAGAGCCAUGUACGGAAAACAGAAGUCAUUAACUAUUUUUUUUAUACUUAAGUCGUACCGGUGACACCUCUAAAUGGGGGGCACUUAGAAGGCAUCGGUGGAUCUCGAUCUGACAUGACGCCUGAUUUUCACUGUUGGCCACCUGGGUCAACGUCUGAACUUGUCUACGUCCCAUCGCAUGUUUUGGUCACAAUGCACGAUUGGCUGCGGAGAAUAUACAGCAGAUGUACCAAUUCAUGAAGUGCCAAUAGAAGCAAAGAGAUGUGUCCCAGGAAGUAGUCUUGAAGAAGGAGACACCAUCACUGGGACGGGAGCUUUAUUCACCUGACGUUUCGGAUUCCUGCUCGAACCCAUUCUCAGAGACAAAAACGGAUACCGGUGGUUCAUGCACAAGGGGCUUCAUUCGCCAUGCUACCGCAUACGUAUGAAUAUUCAUGGCUACCCCCCAACUUCAUCAGGAAUUGUUGUACUUUAGGUGGUGAUUGUUUGAUGGCUGAUGUGUUGGAUGUUGUUUUGAUGAUUGCUCGACCAUCUGAGCCACCAACCCUGACGUUGGGAACAGCGUUCACCUGUGCGCUCCCCGUGUGGCUAAUUACUCAGCCAUGCGAAGUCUCAGCACAGAUUAUGGAAGGGGAAGGUUGUUGCACUUGUUAAUGGACUGGGAGGUCAUUGAAACACGACUGGAGCAAAUCGCAGCUCACGCGGUUGUCACCUCUAGCGGGAAUUUUUAAUGUGUGACCAAACUUCGUUGAAUGAGCAGCAGCUUGAGAAAUAACGUCAUUUCUCCGCACCACUGCUGAGUGUUUGGCCACUCGCGUUCGGGGCUGUCUUACGGAUUCUCCGAGGUAUUUGCUUUGUCCACAACGGCACCAGAUCCGAUAAACGACUCCAGACGUUUCUUGACGUGACAGCGGGUCAUUCGGUUUUAUUUCCUGACGCCUGAUUGUUGCCUCCGCUCUGAGUGCAACUCCAGCUCCAAGUGGUGCGAGAAGGCGGCCGAAAGCUUCCGACUCGUCGGAGGUACUUUAUUUAGGCAAUCUUGUCUUUCGGCUUACUGCAGUGCGUUUCCAUAGAGCGUCCUUACACAAUUGCGUUUGUGGCUGGCUGGUUUCUGCUGAAGUUCAUUAAUUACAUCGUAUUUAUGGCUUUCCUGUACCCCCUAGUCUUUAGUUCACCACAAUCCUUCCGGCAUAUGAAGACAUCCGGUAAGACCAGCUGGUUGUUCUCUUCCUCCUCCAUCGUAAAUUCUAUGUCCGGGUACACCGCAUCUAGACGCUCCUUGAAUGUCGGUAGUUGAUCCCAGUCGAUAACGACGAGGGUAGAACGACGAGGGCGCAGAACUUCGGUCUGUGGUGUUGGAAGACCAGCGACUCUAACAGUGGCAGGACAGCCUCUGCGAUGAAUCCCGAGUUCGGAAUUGUGCUGACGAACCGACCGUAGAAGUCAGUAACUUGAGACGCCCAAACAGCCACAUAACCAGUCCACACAUUAAAGUAUCAUUGAGCGACAAGAUAGCUCGGAGAGGCGCGCCCUUUUGUGCAUGUUAUGGAGGCCGUAGAAUUGGGUCAAAGUCCUAUCUUGGGGUCUCGCCAUGCGUCUGUCGGUUGGUGUUAUUCCACCUGAAUUCUCCAAGGCCAACAACUCAGCAUUACUUCCGUGUGUCAGCGCUUUUCCAGGGUUCGCUGCACAUGGGUCAUUCAGUAAACCUUUGCCUUUCGUAGGUAUUCUGUCCUGUCCAGCACAACCGUAAAGCGCCCCUUGUCUGCUGGCUCGAUGACCAGGCCUUUGUCGGCCUCGAGUCUUCUAGCGCAUAGCGCUCGACCUUGGAAAGCAUUUCCCGCGGCUUGUGGUCCAUUAGGAGGGACAACACUUGGUGUCGGGUGAGGCUCUCAGUCUCCUCCAUUGCCUCCGUCUGACUAAGAACUGACUCCACUGCUGCAAUCAUGUUAACAAGUUUGGCGUCAGCCGUGUUAAAUGAAGCUUCGUGCCAUAAAACUUGCAUCUGAUCUUUCGUCAGCUCCUUUGACGACAGGUUGUGCAUCAGUUUGUUGUUUUGUGGGCGACGUUGAAUUGGGCGGCUUUCUGAAUUUGUUCUCCAGUGCUGCGUCGCGUAUCACUCUCUGUUCGUGGGUUCGUUCGGUCAGCCUCUUCAGGGGCAGAUUUGUGUAAAUUUCACAAUAUCUGGUUUUUUAUUGAUCAAUUCUCUGGCGGCUCUUGCAAAGUUUCGCGUGGCCUUUAUGGAGGAGCACUCGGAGCAUCCUUCUGUCAUGCUGAAAUACUGCUCGUCUCGCCAAAUUCGUGUUCAUCGGGACUUGCAUGAAACACAUUUUGGUAACACGUCGUUUUCGAGGCACCUCUACAGAAACCGAAUCUGUGAAUACGUAUAGGCCUCUGAAAGAGCGAAGGUUUUCCGUUGCCAGGCCGAUUGGAGCGCAUCGCGCCUAAAUACAUUGUCAAUAGAAGCAAAGAGACGAGUCCCUUCUAUUGGCAAUGUAUUUCUAACGAAGACGAAUUGACACUCAGUCAUAUUUGGUCUGGCGGUUACUUAGUCAUUCUAUAAUUCACAUGUAUUGCCUUUGUACAAGCCCCUCUACAUUUUCUUCAGAGAGUGCACUUGCCUGUUCCACCCUAUCUUCCAUCUGAUUUGCAGAGCAUCGGCCACACUCAUCUCCCCCUAACCUACCUGUCUCGAGAACCUUCCCAGCAGCAAGUGUUCGCAUAUCACUCUCUACUAACCUCAUUUUACGUGGAGAAGGCAAGGAUAGGCUGCCACCUCAGACCGCCUCAAUGUGCGUCUACUCAUUCACUCGCUCCUGUAGUGCAGGCUAUAUUGGUCAUACGAGUUGGCGCCUUUCCAAAAGAAUACGAGAACACCUUUCCGCGUGGCUGGAAAAAGGUGAAACUAGGAGAAUAGGCAGCGCCAUCCUUGCGCAUGUAGUGGACUCAGGGCAUUGUGUGGACCCCGCUGAAGCAUUUCGUGUGAUUUAUAAGGUCCCCUCGAGUUACCCUAAGCUACUGGGCCAGCACAUGUUAUCAACAGCAGAAAAGGCCGUUAUCAGGUUACGAAAACCGACCCUAUGCGCCCAGAAGGACCUCGUGCAGGCUCCGCGCUUAUCGUGGUCAAAGGUUGACUAACCGCAUCCAACUUUCGGCACCCUUCCGCUCCUGCAUAGCCUGCAUUUUAAAAACGAAUUUUUAUCGAUUUUUUUUCAUUCAGUGUACACCGCCCCAUAUAACUGUACUGGCUUGACGAUAAGUUAUCGAAAGCAACGUUCGCUCGCCACCUUUGCUUCUGGACAUACAUUUGGGCUGACUUUAUUGGCAACGAAAUGCUACGGAUCCCAGAGGCUUUAUGCUGUUGCUUACUAUUUCGAUAUCAAAUUUUAUACCUACAAAAUAUGUCAGGUUAACAAACAUAUACUCCAAAUGUGCACAUGCAUCAUGGGGAAGCAAUCGUUGCUAAGGCGAUAAACUGUAUAUCAUAUAAUAGCGGUUUUCGUUCAAAUGUCUUGAUGCGAAACAGUUAAUUUGAACACAGGUGCCUAGACUCGACUUCGGUCGUGAAAUGCCGCAUAGACCUAGUAGUGAGAACGCUGGAUAACGGGAGUCAGUACGCUUUUCUAGACAACCUGUCUGGUCUGGAUGCGAUCUCGUGGAUGCAAGGAUUACUGAUUACUAGUCAUUGAAUAACCUCCGUGGCCGAAUGCAGUGACAGGGGUGUUCGGUAUUUCGUUUUGAAAUUAGCGCAAAUGUUAUGUAACUUGGCAUAUUUCUGAUCGUGACAGAAAAACGUGAGGUCGAUAGCUGAAACGGUAGGUGUGAUGAUCUUCGGAUGUUAGAUGAGUCAGUGGAUGUUAGUUAAAAUAUCGGUUGCGCGACACGCGGUGUUGGGGGAUUACUGAAAAAUAUCUGUUAGUGGGUGGGGGACUCAUAACAGCCAGUGACAUUCCGUAAUGAUACUUUAUGAAGUUAGAAAAAGAGUUCGUUGACUUUUGCAAGACUCAGUACCGAAUGUGCCGGAUUCCGUAUUGUCUUAAGAUUGCUGUCGAAGCCUCUCACAGUUGUCUUCAUUGUGACGGACAUUUGGUAACAAUAAAUGUCACCAAGGGAAACACGGUUGCCUGUGGGGAUCGGUUCUGCCUUCCCUGUCAUAACCUGCCAAUCAUAGCGAGACUUUUUAAGACCGCGAAAUGUCCAUUCACAUAGCAUCGUACCUGGCCAUUUACCACUGCUCCUCAUGAAAUGUACCACGUGGUCCGCAUCCAUUGUACCAUUUUAUGGACUCUGUAUGAUAUCUCUUAAAUGGCAUAGAAAAAUAUGUAAGUUUCUUUACGCGGAACGCAUGUACCUUGUGGAGUAAAAUCACUAAGCGCUAAUGCAACGAAUGAUCAGGCUCCAAAUCAUUCGGUAAUUAGAAAACUUUUUUUAAAACCUAAUUAUACUCCUUCCUUAAGUAUAAAAUAUAAAGAAGACGUGAUUUUCAAUUGCCUAACUAAAAGAAAGCAUUUUUUGUUUAUGGUUUCUAUAAAAUAUAUUUGAAUCUCCAAGACCAUCGAAAAUCAAUGGGGAAAAUGCAUGCUACUUAAGUGGUCAUUUUUUGCCGAGUACGCAUUCUGCAGGAGAUUGACAAGAAAUGCCUUUAAAAGCCGACAUUCUGCCGAGUCCGAAAUGUUAUAAGAGUGUGCCUCAAGAUAAUCAGUAUUACAACCGCGACCAAGUAAUCCUUCUUAAUCGAAAACGCAUUUGAGAAUUUCAGCCAACAUUUCAUGAGAUCGGUCACGCACUGUAUGUGCACAUUCCGUGAGCUUGAAUUUUCGCGGGCACAUUGUCAUAGCUGGAGUGCGCGGCCUAUCAUUCUGAGUGUCGGUCUUGGAUGCCUGACAGCUUGAAGUCUGCGAUUCUCCGAAGCCUGGAAUAGAGGAAGGAGUACCAGUUGUCUCUACUGACAAUGCACAACGUAAUUGAUCGUCUUGUCAUCGUUUACUAUCGGAAAUACUAAAGGGUCUACUCACAUCGCCAUUGUAGGAGAAGAAACAUCUUCAGCAUAUGGUGUGCGUGCUCAGCGAAUAAUUUUACAAUCUGUAAAUUCCGUCUUUCCUCUUAGGAGGUCUGUGAAUGCGGAUGCGAACCCCACGUGUUGCUAGUGCCCUUUAUCCUCGAUUCUACGGUAGGGAUCGGUUACGCUAUCCUAGCCCCAAACGUAAGCACAAUGUGGGCAUUGCAAGUAAAGUUGGCCGAACUUUGAUGCUAGAAUCGUUAGUGGGAAAAUAGUCACAGCUAAAACAAAGAAAGGGCAACCUGAUGUCUCGGUUUAGAAGAAGGAUUGGUUUUAGGGUUAUUGUCAGGGGGAGAAUUGAGCCUAAGGUUAGGGAGUAAGUUAAGUGUAAGCAUUUCGGUCAGGGUUAGGGUUUGGAUUGAGAUUUUGGUUUACUUUUAGUCUUAAGGUUGGAGUUAAGUGUUUGGGUUAGGCUUACGGUUAAGCUUAGGGUUAGGGUCUGAGUCAGAGUUUUGGAAAGGGUUGAGGUCACGGCUAGGAUUUGAGUCAGGGUUAAGGUCAAGGUUUUUGGUAAGUUUGGGGUUAGGUGCUAUCAUUAGGUUUAUAAUGCGUUUAGGAUUAGGUUUACUUUUGAGGUUACGGUUAUGUUUAGCGCUAAGUGUAGGAUAUUGCUGCUCUGCGUGUCCCGUGAGCCAGGUCGUUUUCGCUGAGUCUGGGCUUCCUCCUGUCUCGCGGCAGAUUUUGCCAUACAUCAGGUUGUCUUUUCCGUUUCAGUCUUGGCUGCUUUCCUCCUCUUCGGCCUACUUUACUUUAAAUGCUCACAUUGUGCUUGCAUUUGGGACCUGGACAGCGUAAUCGAGCCUUGCCGAUUCUACUUGCCAUUUGGUUCGCGCAACGUACCUUUUUACUGGCCAGAACAUCUUAAUCGGUGACUGACGACCACACUAAUCCUCCUUGAAUUCUAUCUUCCUGAUACAUUACCUGAUGACACAUUUCCGAGUCCAGAUUUUAGCAGUCCCAGCACAGAAUUGUUUUCAAAUUGCAGUGAGGGCCAUCGAUACGUUGCUUUUCUACUGCAUCACCAAUUCGUGAGGCGAUAGAGAUGAUCGGGUCGGACGCCUCCCGACCAAUUCCUGCACUUCCUGGAGUUGGUGGUGUUUUGCGUCAUCUACGAACGCCUGCACUGGCACCGGCCUUGUGCAUGCAUUUUGAUGACGUCCCUAGAGUAGGUGGACUAACUCUGGAAAUGUCAACCGAGAUUUCGAAAUGUGUUCUCGUUUCGAAAAGAUUAAAUAGGUAUGAUUGUGAAAGUAAUCCCGAUCCAGCAUAAAUUAAUUAUGAUCCAGUUACUACAGAGUGUCUUCUUUCGAAUAAACCUAUUUUCGACUGCAUGCAAAAACCAUACUCUGUAAAAAAAUGACUACUUAAUAAGCGUGCAAUUUUUUCAUUUAUUUCAGAGGCCCAUGAAAAUUCCACAAUAUGUCAUGGAAAACAUGCAUAAAAUAUUCAUUCCUUUACUUAUUCUGUAGACAAUCACGUCUUCUGUCAAGUUUCUGUUCGAUGCAAGAUUAUAAUUCGGUUUUAAAAAUCAUUUCUAGUUCCCGAAUAAUUUUGAACCCGACCUCCUGUUAAACUUGCAUUCAGGGUUUCCAGACUACAAGCGGUAUAUUUUCCGUGCACGGAAACCAUAAAUUUUAUAAGGUAUUAGGAGAAGAUCAUAUGCGGUUCAUAAAAUUAAGCAGUGGAUUUGAGAAGUUAUUGUUAACUUUACAAGACACAUUGGAAAAUGCAGAUACGUGACGUUUUAUGAACAGCCAUUUCACGUAUUAAAAAUCUCACAAUUAGAAAUUUUUUGAAACCUGAUUAUACUCUUCUUUCGAAUAUAAAAUUGAAAGAAGACGUUACGACCUGCAGAAUAAAUGAAAGGUUAAAUAUUUUUGUUCAUUUUUUUCAUGAACCAUAAUUUAGCUCUUAAUAGCAUCUAAAAUUAAUGAGAAAAAUGCAUCCAACUUAGGUAGUAAUUUUUUAAAGAUUAUAGUUUUUGCCUGCAGUGGAAAAUAGGUUCAGUCGAAAGAAGGCUCCAUAGGGUACCUGGAUCAUUAUGGAAUUAUGCUGGAUGGUGAUUAGUUCUACAUUCAUGCUUAGUUAAUUUUUCGAAACGAGAACGCAGUUAAAAAUUUCGGUUGACAUUUCAUGAGUUAGCCCGAUUACUGUACAUUGGGUGACGCUGGAGGGCCUUCCACUUGGCUGGUGACCGAUGGCCCCUUCUCCAAAACAUUCAUUUUUCACCUCGGCCUCCGCGACAUCCAUGCUGCAGACCGGUGAUCUGGGUUCAAUGGAUGUUUAUGGGUUGGAUCAUGUUGACGACUGAUAUGCUGCCGGGAGUUCCUACGGGAAGUAAUGCCGAUUUGCCACUCCUUAAAUCCCCUCCGUUCUAUCCGCAUCUCUUGCUUCGUUUUUCACUAAUUGCAUCAACAGAAAAGUUUGAGUUACGGUACUGACGAAAAACUGAUGCAGCAGAAUGAAUGAAAACACGGACGAGGGUAUGUAUUGGGAAUAAGUCAUAGUAUAUAAGGUAGAGUUCAGAAAUAAAACAAAGUCACAAGUGGAAUAUUGAAGCACAGAAAGUUAAUUUGUCCACGUAGAUGUAAACAUCAUCAUCAUCUGUAUGUAGGUAGUAGUUUCAAUAGUAAGAAAUAGUGGUGACCUAAAAAUAAAUCCUCUUUUUAAAUGCCGACCGCCGCGAAAACAAACCGCAGGACGCAGACGUACUGUAGCCGUUUGAAAAAAAAUUACAUAAGAGAAUGCCCUGUGUCAGGCUGACCUGCGUGGGCCAACAUUGACGAGAUACAGUAUCGUCUAUGGUUUGGACCACCGGCCUAAAACAGGCGUGGAAAACCAUCCUGUCCCACAUCGCGGAAGUGUACCCUGUGAAGCAGAUGAGCAAUGGACAAGCUCGAGAGAACUGGCACGCAAAAGCCACUUUUCUAAGCGGCAAAAAUUUCCAUUUGUAUAAAGUACUUGCAAAUACUCAGCCUCUGAUAUGUGGCAGAUUGCGAACGAAACUUUUUCAUGACAUCCGACAUGUUUAGCGUGAGGGGCACAAUAAUAUGUCUCUCGGAUGUAAAUAUUUUCAUGUGUAUAAAGUAAACCAAAAAUACUCAGCCAUUCAUAUUCCGUUGGUUGCAGACAAAACUUUCUCGUAACAUCUAGCACGGCCGGGAUGAGGAGUUCAAUAGUGAGUCUAUAUAGACAUUCCUUCGACGCCUGGUUCUCGGGGUGGUUGUUUGCAUGGUCAGUAGUACAGGCCAGCGAAACACUUAGAGAAAGUCAAUGCCAAGGCCUAGGUGGUGCAGGGGAAAAACAUAAAAGAACAGCACCUACUUAAACAAAUGCAGUAGCCAGUCUUGUAUAUUAUCAGGUCCAUGCCUGGUACAAAACAUCCUUACCGAACACGGUUAGUCCAGUCUUAGCCUGUGUUCCUCCGUCUAGUUCAGACUCAUGUACCCAAUCCCCUCACCUUCUCCGUGCAGAGGGAUCGACAAAGACGUAGGUAACUUGAAGACGCUCGUCUUCGGUCGCAUUUAGCCUUCAUUUGGCCGAUGAUGACCUCACGCACAGCUCAGAUGGUACAGUCCAGCCGAUUGGUUCGAUGAGCAUCUAGUCAGUUUGUUAGUGCGUACCCACCUGUCAGUCUAUGGCUGCGAUCUGUACCCAGGCGGAGAUUCCGCUUCCGAUAACUGCAUAUUGACAUACCUGUCUGCUUCUGAAUCUCGUGGCGAGAACACGGACACUUACAGACGGGGCAGAAUUCUUGCGCCCGAGUCCUACGCGGUGGGUUAGUCCAGCCUGACGCUCGCUCAUUGGUGGCACGGAAAAACUAAGGUAUGUGAUUUCCUCGUAUCAUUUAUAUUUAGCUUGGAUGGUUUGAUGACGCAGUGUGGGGCAGUGAAUUACAAACCACCGCUACCUCAGCCAUUUGGGCCAUGCGUCAGUUCUAUACUUCAAAGUGAAAAUUACGUCUCAUCAUUUGUGAUAGGCUAGUGGAUCCAAAAACGAGUCUGGAUGCGGGUCUAAUCUAAGAUCCUUCCCUGCGGAGAGACAGGAAUACAGAAGCUAAGAUUCGAACUGUCCCCAUGCGUUGUUUCAUGUCUUUUGGUCAUACCAAAUUUCUUGGUCCCGUAAUUUUUCAGAAUAACCCACUCUCAGAAUGCCUCAUCAUAAAGGACGUAGGUCUAAGUUAUACAAAUAAGCUUGCUUUAUCACCUCAUGCAGAUAGAAUCUCUGCCAAAGCCGCGCAGAUAUGUGGAUUCAUAUCGCAUAAUUUUCUCCUUCCGGAAAUGAAGCUAAGACCUUAUCAAAUGUUUGUUCCUCCAGUCCUUGAAUACUGCUGUCCAUUCUUCGGUGUAAUGAAAACCUGCGAACGUAAUAAAAUCGAAAAUGUUCAAAGGAUUUUCACCCGGAAACUGUUCUCUCAAGCUUCGUCCGGUAUUUCUUAUUCUCAGAGAUGUCAGCUAGCGAACAUUAAGUUUUUGUGGGUUAGAAGACCCGAAGCUGGCCUUUGCUUCCUUUUUCGCAUCAACUCCAGCUCCAGUCUUCCGCUCAUUGACACUCUCACUCCGAGAGAUCGGUCUUAUGCCACGCGCAACUCCUGCAUGGUGAUUCCGCCGCCUCUUUGCACUACAUCUAAGCGCUCCCUCUUAUUUGCUUCCAAAUAUGCCUUCCUUUGGAAUAAUCUUCCGCCUGAAAUUAGACUAUCGCCUAAGUUACUGGUAUUCAAGUCUAAAUUACGCAAUUAUCUUACACCGGAAAGCAUAAAGGCGCUGUUAACGGUCUCAUUCCCGAACACUCAGAUUCGUGACAUCGAGAAGGGUCCUCCUGGGAUUUAGUGAUAGAUUAAGUAGUAACUCUUAAUUAUAUCAUUAGAAACCCCUGUUUUGAAUUGGUUUCUAAAUACACUGCUAUCACUCCUCCCCCAUUGCGACAAUUUUUGCGGUUUUUGAUGUCAUCUCCCGCAUUUCGACCUCAUGCGGUCUGUCGACGCUCACGGCGGAACCCUCAGUAUUCACCGUCUACUAGUAGUUUGGUCGUACCUCCCUUCCCCACUGCUAAACUGAGCUCGAAGCGUGCUGUGGCCGAUCACAUCUGGGUUCGUUUCGUAUGGCCUCUUUGACGCGAAUAGUCUCAUGCGGCGUAUCAAUCCGGCCCAGACGAUCUCAAUUGUGAAACCUGUAUACAAUGCCACAUGCAGGCCCGUCCUUUCUGAUCCGCAUACGUGCCCCUCAAGGCUGAGAUUUAUUGCUACCCUGACGAUAACCGACAACAUUCCGUUAUAUACCGUCGCCUACAGGCCAGUCCUGUUCGGUUUUUCUGUCAUUAUUUUUAUAUGGGGUUUUUUUCUCCUGUAAAUUUAAUUCAAUCAUUUUUAAAUUUUCUUUAUGGAGUUUUUUCACCCCUCAAUCAUCAUAAUUCUCAAUGGACUACCAAUUCAGAAACUAUGAAUUUCAUUUUGUAAAGAUUCCGCCGGCCUCGUCUAAAACUCACAUGUAAAUUUAUUUUAACUUGCUUUGAUGGGACCCCGACGGGUCUUUAAUAAAAAAUUAUCUAUCUAUCUAUAACACUCGUUUCGUUUUGUGUAAAUCGUAUUGGGUCUUGAAUUAUUUAUUAACUUUUUCCUUGUCCACAGCGAAUAGAGCUCAAUUUUGCCACAUAUUUUGAAAUAAUGAUUUCAAAAUAUGGCGAAUUCCUCUCUCUGUCGGGACAAAGGGAAGUACCCUGUGUUCUCUCAUUGGUCGCUGAACUGCACAUCUAGGGGCCAUCAUGUGCAGUCGUGACAUGUGCUCAUGGCAUGUCUUAUUUGCGCCACUCUAACUCUGCUUCACCCUUAAACAGCGUUAUGCGUGCGUGCCCCCAAAGCCGGCCACUCCGUAAAUACGCUGGACCACCAUGGCGGUCGUAUUGGAUUCGGGCAGGCGCUAUCGGGAACUCACACUCAUGACAAAUGCCAAAAUUUGGGCUGUGGUGACAGGCCCAGUUGCUGGCUCAUGUCACCCCAAUUGGGAUUCCUGUCUCCCCUUCCCAUUGUUGUUGUUGUUGUUGUUGUUGUUGUUGUUGUUGUUGUUGUUGUUGUUGUUGGUUAAGGUACUGAACAAAUGUUCAUUAUGGACAAGGAUCUGUGGUGGCACGCCUAGGUGGGGGCCCGGUCGCAACAGCCACCUGUGCCAUUUCCCUCCUGCGAUCUUCCUGACACAGGACUCAUGUGACGAGGAGGAGGAGGAGGAGGAGGAGGAGGAGGAGGAGGAGGAGGAGGGAGAGGAGGGAGUGCGGUGGAUGCAGCGAAAAUCCUCCAUCACUGUAAAAGAAACCAUGCGUAAGCCACUCUGCCUGUUCUCACCCUACUGUGGAGCACAACGUGAACAUUGUCGGUCACGAAGGUCGAACUGUCGUUACGCGCUGGAUACUCGACUGUGA